CGGGGAUGGCGGGCGAAGGCGGCGGCGGUGGCGGCGCCUGGUUGGUGCUCUUCUGCGGCUGGGCGGCCGCGGCGGGCGCCCUUCGAGACGGCGCGCCGCCCGAUCCUGAGCCCGGCGGGGAUCCCUGCCCGCCCGCCUGCCCGCGAGUGCUGGGCUUCCGCCUGGAGGACGGCGCCGCGGCCACGGGGGGCCUGGUGCGGGCCCUGCCGGGGGCCACCUUCCGCCUGCGCCUCUACGGCACCGGGCUGCACAACCGCAGCUGGCCCUGGGCCGCCUUCGUGCCGGAGGAGGCGCCCUGCGGGGGGAACCCGGGCGAAGAGCCUUCCUCCUUCUCCUCCUCCUCUUCCUCCUCCUCGGGGGCCCCUCAGGUGCUGGCCCACCACGUCCUGCCCGCCAGCGAGCAUGCAGGGCUGGUGACGGUGCGAGUGGCCCCCGGGGCCCCCGGAGGACGGUACCGCCUCUGCAGCCCAUCGGGGCCCGGCCGCCCCUGGGCCCCGGCUGCCCCGGGCGAUGCCAUCCUGGUGACGGAGGACGAAGGCGGAGGGGCCCGGGUGGCGGCCGAGGCGUGGCCCCCACCCAUGCCCCCCUGGCUGCUGGGCACCCUAGUGGCCCUCUUGCUGGCCCUGCUGGCCCUGCUGCGCACCUUGCAGCUCAGCACCCUGUGGCUGGAUCCGGCCGAGCUCUACGUGCUGCGGGACUGUGGCUCAGAGGCAGAGCGGGGCGCCUCUAAGGCGCUGGAGCCCGUCCGGCACCGGGGGCCCUUCGUCCUGUGCGCGCUGCUGCUGGUGAGCGCCGUGGCGCAGGCCGCCCUGGCUGUGCUCUUCUAUCGGGCCGUGGGGGCGCUGGUCCCGGCUAUCCUCGGCGUGGCCGCCUUGUCCUUCCUGCUAGCCGAGGUGCUGCCCUUCGCCGCCAGUUCCCGCUGGGGUCUGUGGCUGGCCCCGCGGGGCCUGUGGCUGACCCAGUUCUUCAUGCUGCUGACGUUCCCCGUGGCGCUGCCGCUGAGUCGGGUGCUGGAGCUGGCCCUGCGGCAUGACAACAGCACCUACCUCUUGCGGGAGAAGAUCCUGGACAUGGUGCGCAACAGCGACCCUUACAACGAGUUUGUGCGGGAGGAGUUCAGCAAGGGGGCCCUGCGGAACAAGACGGUGGAGGACGUGCUGACCCCGUUGGAUGAGUGCUUCAUGCUGAACGCCGAUGCCGUGCUGGACUUCAACAACAUGUCCACCAUCAUGCAGAGCGGCUACACCCGCAUCCCAGUGUAUGAGGAUGAGCGGACCAACUUGGUGGACAUGCUCUACGUCAAGGACCUGGCCUUGGUGGACCCCGACGACUGCACUCCCCUGAGCACCAUCAUCAAGUUCUACAAUCACCCGCUUCACUUUGUCUUCAAUGACACCAAGCUGGAUGCCGUGUUGGAGGAGUUCAAGAGAGGGAAAUCCCACAUGGCUAUUGUGCAGAAGGUGAACAACGAAGGGGAAGGGGACCCAUUCUACGAAGUCAUGGGGUUGGUGACCCUGGAAGACGUCAUUGAAGAGAUCAUCAAGUCGGAGAUCAUGGAUGAGUCAGACGACUACAGGGAGAACCGAUUGAAGAAGAAGCCGCCUCCGCUUGGAAGCCUGAUGGACCGCCGGAAAGAAGAUUUCUCCUUGUUCAAAGUUUCCGACAACGAGUACAAGGUGAAAAUCUCCCCUCAGCUACUCCUAGCUACCCAGCGCUUCUUAUCUAGAGAGGUGGAUCUCUUCAGCCCAGGCCGGAUCUCGGAGAAGGUCCUCCUGCAUCUGCUGCAGCAUCCCAGCGUCAACCAAGAAUUGAAAUUUGACGACUGCAACCGCUUGGCUGCUGAACAUUACCUGUAUCAGCGCAACCAGCCGGUCAAUUACUUUGUGCUCAUCCUGCAGGGCAGGGUGGAAGUUGAGAUUGGGAAGGAAGGACUGAAGUUUGAAAACGGCGCCUUCACUUAUUACGGUGUGUCUGCACUUACCGCUCCUUCUUCAGUCCACCAGUCCCCAGUGUCCACUUUACGGAUGAAUCGUCGCGAACAACAGGUUGACGGCACAGAUCCCACCAAUUAUUCAGCAUAUUGCCCUGACUACACCGUUCGGGCCCUCACCGAUCUGCAGUUCAUCAAGGUCACCCGUUUGCAGUAUCUCAAUGCCCUCAUGGCCUCGAGGAUACAGAACUCGCCCCAAUCCCCCGAGGCUGUCGAUCUGAAAAUCAUCCCUAGCAGCCAGACCAAGCUCCUGAAUGACAAAAAUGCGGCAACAGGGAAACGCCGAAGCAAGUUCAACCUUCAGGAAGAGACCAGCCAGAGCACGGGGGUUUGACUUCAAAACACGUGUGGCGUUUAAGAACUGCAGGCGGGGUGAGCCCAGGAGGGGCACCUCCCCCCCCCGUCCCCCGCCUCCCUUAAAACCUUCAGCACUUAUUCUGGCUUCAGACGGACUUCUUGUCGGGCACCUGCGUUUCCAAAAGACGGUAGAAGCCCGGCCUUCUCGGGGGGGAAAGAGACAGGCCUGGCUGGACCCAACACCAGCAGCUUCCGGCGCCCCGGCUGGGCUACUAACACAUAAGACAUUUGUAAGCAGUGCUUGACUUGUGGAGGGUUGGUAGGACCUGGGCCAAAAUGUGUCGGUGGCAGAGAGCAGCGGGCAGCAAAAUACAGACUGACGCUUUUGAUAUUUGUGGUGCCAACGGGGAGGCGGCUGCCAGGCCCUUCCUGCUCAUUGCCUUCUCCGUGUCACCCGGCCUCUCUCUCUCUCUCUCUCUCUCUGCUUCCACUUCCUCGCCGUGCUAAUCUCUCAACCUUCCUUAAAAGCACUUGCCAGAUUUUGCGGCAGCGGCCUCAAAGGUUCAUGGGUGCCACUCGUCCUUGCCUCGCUUGGUCUACAGGCCCCGAUCUCGGCUCUGGGACUGACCCCGCGGGCCUGCCAUCUUGCCACGGGUUCUGGGUUCUUGCGGAUCUGGGGAUGCAAGCCAUGACUCUCGUGAGUCCCCAAGUUCACCCGAGUGCCUGUACAGGCCCAACAAUGCUCCCGCCCCACCCAGUCCCUCCUGCCUACCCAAACAGUGCCAAAGAUCCACUCUGGGGACCCUGCGUCUCUCUCUCUCUCUCUCCUGCCUCCUUGGCAUCAGACUUGCCAGCUUGCUGUUUGCCCUGGAUCAGCUGCCCUGGACCAGACGGGACUUCCGCCAAGGGACUCCUGCUGCAAGAGGAGGGGCAGGUGGCUACUUACCCUCUCCCCCCCCCCAAAAAAACCUGUUCUCCCUUCCAUGGCGGCCGGCCUUGAAAAGUCGAAUGUCGGGACUGAGUCCUCCCCGCUUUCUCUGGGGCGGCCCCCCCCUUUUUUUGCCUUCGUGGGAAGGACGCCCGUUUCUGUGGCUUUCCCUGGAUUAUCUUCGGUCUUGGAUUUCUACUUCUCUCGCUGGCAAUGCUACGUUUCCCUUGGGCGAGAGAAACUUCCCACUCCAGCUUUGGCAGAGAGACACGUUCUCCCCGUCCUCCUGCCCUCUCGUUGCUCUACACAGUGUUUUCCCCUCAAUCCCUCAAUCUUAUUUUUUAAAGUCAAUAAUAAAGAAUCCGAGGGAUUCCGGGAGAAGAGAAUCCCCGGUCCCUUUCUCUCCUU